UUUAAACUACUCAAAGCUCAUGCUCACAACUCAACUCGAAGCUUGUGACUCAUGUCAUCUCAGCCACUUACAACCAAUCUGUGGCUGUGCGCCUAUCAGCUCGGUUGCCCCAGCCCCACCCUAACAUCCCACACUGAAUGAAUUUUGUUUUUGGAAGGAACAACCCCGCCCACUGACUUGAGCCAGGCCAGCCCAACAGACAAGUUUCAGUGUCAAAGAAUUUGCCCAGCAUGUCUCGAUUUUUCCGCGGCGGCGACGACAGCUCUAGCGACAGCUCCAGCGACGAGGAGGAGCUCUACUCCGAGGAGGAGGAAGAGGAGGAGCAGCAAGACUCCCAGGAGGAUUCUUCCGAGGCCGACAGCGACGGCGACUCGAGCAGCGACGACGAGGGCGGCCGAGGAAUCAACAAGUUCUUGAAGGACGCAUCCUCCGAUAGCGAAGACAGCGACGAUGAAGUACGAGCCAAAGUCAAGUCCGCCAAGGACAAGCGCCUGGAUGAGUUAGAAUCAUCUAUCAAGCAAAUCGAGAACGGUCAAAAGAACGGCGACUGGACACUCAUCUCUGCCGAAUAUGAGAAGCUCAACCGUCAGGUCGCCAAGCUGCCUGGCAGCCGACCCCCCAAGCCUUACAUCCGUAUCCUCGCCGAGCUCGAGGACUUUAUGAACGAGUCCCUCGCCAAGCAGAAGGUCACCCCCAAGAAGAUGAACGCCAUCCAAGCCCGAUCCCUCAACGCCGUCAAGCAAAAGGUCAAGAAGACCAACAAGGAAUACCAGACCCAGAUCGAUGCCUACCGAGCGGACAAGGAUGGCUUCAUGGAGUCCUCAGACAACGAGCCCGUUGCCCCUGCUCCCAAGCCCAAGAAGGUUUCUCUCCAGGUCGACGCUGCUCCUACCGAGGAGGGCGACGACGAUGGUUUCGCUACUGUCGGCAAGGGUGGACGCACACUCCAGUACACCCCCGAGAGCAUCUUCAAGCACCUGCGAACCAUUAUGGAGUCCCGAGGAAAGAAGAACACCGACCGAACAGAGCAGAUCAAGACUAUGGAGAAGCUCCACGAGAUCGCCACCACCCCCUACCAAAAGAUCCGUGUUCUCCUUACCCUGGUUUCUACUCGCUUCGAUGUUGGCUCUGGCGGCGCUGCUGCCAUGUCUGUUGAGCACUGGAAGGCUGCUGAGAAGGAGCUCUCAAGCCUUCUCCAAGUCCUCGAGGACAACCACGACUAUGUCGUUGUCGAGAACGCUGAGGAGUGGGACGACGACGACAAGCCCCCUACCCUGCAGGAGGGUGAGAAGCACAUCAAGGUCCCUGGCAGCAUUGUCUCUUACAUCGAGCGUCUUGAUGACGAGCUCGUCCGCUCCCUCCAGAGCAUUGACCCUCAUACUUCCGAGUACAUCGAGCGAUUGCAGGACGAGGGUGCUCUCUACAACAUCAUCUUCCGUGGCCUGCUCUACUAUGAGUACCUCCGAAAGGAUGAUUCUCUUGAGAUCCCCCAAGAUAGCGUGAACCGAAUCGUUAUGCGCCGUUUGGAACACGUCUACUUCAAGCCCGCCCAAGUUGUCAAGACCUUCGAGGAGAACUGCUGGAAGGUUGUUGGCGAGACCGUCGAGUCUGUCAUCACCCCCCGCGACCAAGCUCAGAACGCUGGCAACCUCGUCAAUGUUCUCUGCAACUACCUGUUCAGCAACAGCGACGGUAUUAUCCGUGCCCGAGCCAUGCUGUGCCAGGUUUACUUCCUCGCCCUCCACGGCGAGUACUACAAGGCCCGUGAUAUGAUGUUGAUGUCCCAUCUUCAGGAGAACAUCCCCAAUUUCGAUGUGCAGAGCCAAAUUCUUUACAACCGUACUCUGGUGCAAGUUGGUCUUUGUGCUUUCCGCAAGGGUCUUGUUUACGAAGCCCAGAACACUCUCCAGGAGAUCUGCGGCAGUGGUCGCCAGAAGGAGUUGCUCGCUCAGGGUGUCAUGAUGCAGCGAUACAACCAAGUGUCUCCUGAGCAGGAGCGCCUUGAGAAGCAGCGACAACUGCCCUUCCACAUGCACAUCAACCUCGAACUCCUCGAGUGUGUGUACUUGACAUGCAGCAUGCUCCUCGAGAUCCCUCUGCUGGCCCAGACUGGUUCAUCUCCUGAUGUCAAGAAGCGAGUGAUCAGCAAGACCUACCGCCGUAUGUUGGAGUACCAUGAGAGGCAAAUCUUCACUGGUCCUCCUGAGAACACCCGCGACCACGUGAUGCAAGCGUCCAAGGCCUUGGCUGCUGGUGAGUGGAAGAAGUCGAUUGACUUCAUCCACAGCAUCAAGAUCUGGGACUUGAUGCCUAGCGCUGAGGAGAUCAAGACCAUGCUCUCCAAGCAGAUCCAGGAGGAGGGUCUGCGAACCUACCUCUUCACCUACGCCCCCUUCUACGACACCCUCUCCAUCGAGACCCUCAGCGCCAUGUUCGAGCUUGACUCGACCAAGGUUGCGGCAGUGAUCAGCAAGAUGAUCAGCCACGAGGAGCUCGCUGCCUCUCUGGACCAAGUCACAUCCACCGUCAUCUUCCGCAAGGGUGUCGAGCUCAGCCGUCUCCAAUCGCUUGCUCUCGCCCUAUCAGACAAGGCCAGCGCGCUCAUCGAGAGCAACGAGCGGACUCUAGAGCAAAAGACACAGGGAACUUCAAACGCAUUCGAGCGACAAGGAGGCCGAGGCCGAGGAGGACAGAGACGGGGUGGCGGACAGGGCCGAGGAGGAGCGCGAGCAGGUGGCAACACGCAGCGACAAGCUGGUGGAACACAGUUCACAGGAGGUGCGCUGGGAGCGGCUGUCCGGGGUUAGGAAUUGGGGAAUGAACGAGAUGAGGCGUCUUAGUCGUUUGCAUUUUGCAUGGGAUGGUUUCUUUUAAUGAAAAGGGGCGAAGAUGCGGAAGCACUCGCUACGUGUCACUAGGUCGAAACGGAAUAUGGAUACAUAGAACUCGUCAACAUUGCUUGUGCUGGUGCUGGUGCUAUGCUGUGAGAUGAGAUGAGAUGAGAGAUGACAGGAAGAGUAGAUCAAAAGUCUUUACUGUAACGAACGAAUCCAUGAGAUGAAAGUUAUUUGAGCUGCACAACCGACUUGUAUGUCCUGUGUCAGGGUCUAUAGAUAGUGAAGAUAUGAAGUUGGGGUGCUUGCACAUUAGAUCAUUGUACACCAAAUUGGCCACUGACUAUGAAGAGAUAGAGACAAGAUCUAAUACGCCCUGGAUAUAAUACUCUAGUUCCACCUCCG